AUGGACGAUCCUUCGACACUGAUCCAGGCAUCUUGGGAGCGGCGUCGGGCUUGGCUGAGGCAGGGCCGGCGCCGGCGGCCCCGGGGGCUGGAGGCGGAGGAGGAAGAAGACGCGAGAGCAGGGGAAACUGCAGAGAUUCCCGGGGAGCCCGAAGAGGAGCCCCCACUGCAGGAUGAUGUCUUCGAGGAAGGGAACCCCUCCCUCCAGAUGGUGGACUGGCUGCGGAACUGCCGGUCCUCGGAGGAGGGGGCAGAGGAGGAGUCCAGCCUGUCAAUAACCGACGGGUUCUACAGAACGGCGACCAGUUUGGACGAUGAUCUGACCGUGGGAGCUGAAGGGAUGCUGUUAGCAGCCAACGGGAAACUUUUCCCCAGAAGUUUCCUAAAUCCGUUCGCCAGUUUCCCCGGCGCAGCCCCCAGCAGGGGUCGCUUGGCCCGCAUGGUGCAGGAGACGAUGGGCUGGGCUCGGGAGGAAGAGUUCUGUGAAGGGGUCAAGGCCAGAAACGACCCCACAGAGGAGAGGGAGACAGCGGGGAGGUGUAACAUGGGAACGGCUGGGUUUGAGGGGCUGUGGAGAGGCUCGGAGGUCUCUUAA